AUGGCUGAACUCACUGGACGCACAAAUAACUUGCACAAUGCUCUCAAUAAUCUUGUCAAUAACGAGAACAUUGACCUUACCAUUGAAUCACUUUACGAACUUAUGCUACGCCGCGCGCGUGAGCAUAAUAGACAUGCAUUUAGUUGGCUGGGUGACACUGCCCAGGAACCACGACUCAUCCCGCUGCCACUCCCUGGCCUGCAGCCAUUAAUUCUGCCAGACAGUGUUCACUUCCCGGAAACCACUGCUGAAUUCAAUAAACUGUGCAUUGGACACGUCAGGGCUAUACUGCGGGCCUACGAACAAGCUGACAAGGGAAUUUUAACACAGGUGUUGGAUUGCCUGCAAAGAUUUAUUUGUGCAUGGCCAUGA